GCUGUUAUCGCUAUCGCUCUUACCCCACAGCACCGAUGUCAUAACCUCGUUGGCGGCGACUUCUUUGGCCCCAGCAAUUUGUAUUUACUUUCCCGAAUUGUGUAUUAAACUUUUUGUGGCCGGCGAAAAUGUUGACGCUGCGACGUGGUGAACAGUUGCGUGCGCGUCUCCAAGCACUCUGUCGUCGCUGCCUCUCGGCCAAAACACAGGCGGCAACAACGACCAACAACAUCACAGACGAUGCUUCAGAGUACACCGCAGAAGCCGAGUAUCCAGAGAUACGGGAUCUGAGCUUUAAGGCACGGAAACAGCAAUCGGCUGCCGAUUGGCACAAUGAGAUAAAGUCGGUGGCCACCGUCGAGGAGAAGAUGAUCAAAUUGAAUAUGCCGCGUUAUUAUGGCUUCAAGGUGGUCGAUCUCAAUGACAAUCAAGUGCCGUACAAUGCGCUGCCACUGACGCAACACUAUACGCGCACAGUGCUGGAGGAGCAGCCGACGGAGACGGCUUCGGAGGAGAACGUUAAGCUGGAUGCCAUUGUGAAAGCGGCACGCGAAGAUGUUAUCGAGGCGCUGGAAUAUGCUCACGAUAUCUACAAGCAUCAACUGACGCAGCUGGCGACGCCACCGGAUGCAGUGCAACGUGAACGUCAAUUGACACAAAUCAUUGUGGAGCAAGUGAAUCGCGCUGUGCUGCAGACACUCAGCGCUGAUUAUGCGCAUUUGCAGCAGGUGGAAAUCGAUUACAAUCCGAGGCACGAGGCCUUUUGGGCUGUGGGUGGCGUUGAUCCGCCCAAGAAUGUGGUCAAAUCGAAGCAGGGCCACGAAUGGCAAAAGGCCGAUGCACACGAGAGCGUUGAUCGCCUCGUCCAAUACACCGGCGAACCAUAUUUGGCUUUGCGGCAUCGCCUGCAGUUGCCCACCUGGCGCACCGUGGAAGAAUCGCAGAAUCUAACGCUCGCUCAACAGCUGCCACGCUACAAGUUCGAUGCCCGCACCUUGGGCUAUACCACCAAGCAUCAGCAUGCCAUCAAUGUGCCCGGCUAUUGGCCAAGUGCCAACGCCCCCAACUUUGGCCUGCUCUCGUUCCAGUCACGUGCCCAUUUGCAGCUGCGCCCAAAGUCGUAUGGCGUGGAGGAUGCCAAGGAGGCAUUGCAUGCACUGGCCAUUCAAUCGUCGUAUGCCUGGCUCUUGGCUCAGGCCAAUUACAAUGGCUUCAAUACGUACAACGAACUGACGUAUCCGCUGAACACACAGACUGUGAUUACCAAUGGCCGCGAAUGGAGUUUCUAUUCGUAUCAAUUGAAUACGCUGCUCGUCCAUGGCCCCCACAUCGAUACGAAUCCCGUGGUGAAUUUCUGUCGCGGCACACCAGCAUUGCCGCUCUAUGGCGACAUCAACGAAGCGGGCAAAUGCAUCGACUUCAAUGAGGCCACGUUGCGUCAGCUUCUGAAGCUUUACAGCAAUGUGCCGAGCAUUCAACGCACAGCGGAUGAACUUUUGCCGUAUGUUCGUGAUGGGAGUUUGCGUCGUGCCGCCGACUAUGAGAAUGAGGAGCAACGUGUCUUCCUCGAGCAGACAUUCAAGCAUUUGGCCUCGAAGCGUCCGCGUCACCUGGAGAUACCCGAAAUCUACAUGUGGGAGAAGCUCUACAAGAUCGAUCAUCCCACACGUAGCAUGGAGCCGCGUCGUCGCUUCUUCGAGUACGGCAUCAAUCCGUGGCGUCGCACUCUCGACCAGCAUGACAAGGAGUACGUGCCACGGGCUGUGCGACCGGGUGGCAAAAAGAAUCGCGAGGGUCGCUACAAGAAAACCUAUUAUCCCUAAGUCAACUGUUCUUUGCUGCCUUCCUUUUUUUUUCUGUAAUUUUGUAAUUAUAAACGAAAUGUAGCAACUAUUAA